UCCAUUCCAUCAAUGCUUAAAAUUCUUGUUCAAUCUGUCUUCCUCGACAGAAACAUGGCUUUGCUGCAACCCUUUUUCUCUGACAAGUUUCUAUCCCAAGCCCUUUACAUUUCACGCAUAAAUUCAUCUCCAAGAAGAGCCAUAAUCAUUAAUACAAAAAGAACAGGAACAGUUGCAUAUCUUCAUCAACCACCACAGAAACUUUAUAUCUCUGGACAAGCAAAGAAAAGAGGGACAAACUGCCAUGCAGUAGCAGAACAAGUUGGGGGUGAAGUUAAGCAAAGUGGCGGAUCAACUGAAGAAGCAAUCAAGAGUGUCGAUGAUGUGGUUCCCUAUGAUUGGACUGAAGAAUGGUACCCUUUAUAUCUUACAAAAAAUAUCCCAGAGGAUGCUCCUUUGGGCCUUACUGUAUUUGAUAAGCAGCUUGUACUUUACCGGGAUGGCACUGGAGAGCUUAGGUGCUUUGAGGAUCGGUGUCCCCACAGGCUGGCAAAACUUUCGGAAGGUCAACUACUUGAUGGGAGGCUAGAGUGCUUGUAUCAUGGCUGGCAAUUUGAAGGUGAUGGCAGGUGUGUGAAGAUACCUCAGCUCCCUGCAAAUGCAAGCAUCCCACGAUCAGCUUGUGCCAAGAAAUACAAAGUAAUAGAUUCCCAAGGAGUUGUAUGGGUAUGGAUGUCUCAUAAAACACCACCAAAACCUGAAAAAAUUCCUUGGUUUGAGAAUUUUGCCAGACCUGGAUUCAAGGAUACCUCAACAAUCCACGAGCUUCCAUACGAUCAUUCUAUUCUUUUAGAAAACCUUAUGGAUCCGGCCCAUGUCCCAAUCUCACAUGAUAGAACUGAUUUUACUGCAAAAAGGGAAGAUGCUACAGCAUUAUUUUUCAAGCUGACUGAAAGAACAGGUAGAGGCUUUGCAGGUUGGUGGGGAAGGGAAAGCGAUCAGUCCACUCCGAACUAUGUUCCAAAUUUCUUGCGCUUUGAAGCACCUUGUGUUCUGCAAAACAACCGAGAAAUCAUUGACAAGAAUGGGGAGACGCACUAUUUUAGUGGGCUCUUUUUAUGUCGACCAUCCGGACAGGGGAAAUCAAUGCUCAUUGUGAGGUUUGGGAGCACAAGAAAACUAUCUGGACUGAUGAAAAUAAUUCCUCAGUGGUUCCUGCAUCAGAAUUCCAGUAAGGUUUUUGAGCAAGAUAUGGGAUUUCUUUCCUCACAGAAUGAGUUUCUGAUGAAAACAAAGGUCCCAACAAAGGUGUUGUAUUUGAAUUUAAAGUCCUCAGAUGUUUGGGUAGCUGAGUACAGGAGGUGGAUGGACAGAGUUGGACAUGGGAUGCCUUACUAUAUUGGGUACAGCACCAUUUCACUGCCUAAAGUGCCUGCAGUCAUAGAGCAAGCUCCAGCGGGGUUUGUCGCUAACCUUUCCGCUUCUCAGCCAGCCAAGGGAGGAAUUGGAACAAUGCAUGCACCAAAUUUCGCCAAUAGAUAUUUCCGCCAUGUAAUCCAUUGCCCGGACUGCAGAACCACUGUCAAAGCUUUCGAGGCAUGGAAAAAUGCACUUUCUGCUGUUGCUCUUGUAUCAACUGCAUUAGCCAUUCUUGCGUCUGGAAAACAGUGGAAGGCUCUCCUUUUGUUUUCCACAUCCCUUUGCCUGGUUGGAAUCUAUGCCUGCUCAACAGUAAUUGCCAUGAACACAACAAACUUCGUAAGGACACACAGAAGAGCGUGAAGUAAAAAUUGCCCUUUUUGUGCUCAAUCUAAGUUUUGUUCUUUUGGUUCAUUUCUUUUUUCAUUUACUUCAAGAGAAGCUCAUACUCUAUGGAUGCUGGCAUUGGAUAGCCCUUAGGUGCAGCACAUCUCUGUCAAUGCAUAUAUUAAGUUUCAAAUUCAAUUGUACAUAAUGUAAAAAGUUGAGAGGUUGAUAUGCUACCGUCGCUAUGAAAAAUUCUGGUGUAGGACAACUCUUGCAUUAAUUACACUGGGAAUAUGGUCCAUAUUAA